AUGGUCGACGGAGACUCGCAGCAGCCUCCGACAUGGAAGUUCACCCAGUGCUUUGGUGACAAGGGAGACGUCGAGGAUAUCACAGAAGCCGACAUCAUCUCAACGGUCGAGUUCGAUCAGACAGGUAACUACCUGGCCACUGGCGACAAGGGUGGUCGCGUUGUUCUUUUCGAACGUAAUGAGACGAAAAAAACAUGCGAGUACAAGUUCCACACCGAGUUCCAAUCACAUGAGCCCGAGUUUGACUACCUGAAGUCUCUCGAAAUCGAAGAGAAGAUCAACAAGAUCAAGUGGUGUAGGAGACAAAACGCCUCGCAUUACCUACUGUCGACCAACGACAAGACCAUCAAGCUAUGGAAGGUCUUUGAAAAAUCCCUCAAGGUCGUGGCCGAGAACAACCUGUCGCAAGACCUCACUCCUGCCGGUGCUGGUGGUGCUGUCGGUGGCGGUCCCGUCAGAGCUCCCAACAAGCACUUCCGCAGCACCGCCGACCUCACCUUCCCUCGCAUGACACACCACGACACAGUCAUUGCCGCUGUACCUCGCCGCGUGUACGCCAACGCCCACGCUUACCACAUCAAUAGCAUUUCUGUGAACAGCGAUGGCGAAACAUACAUCAGCAGUGAUGACUUGCGCAUCAACCUGUGGAACCUCAACAUUCAAGAUCAGAGCUUCAACAUUGUUGAUAUCAAGCCUGCCAACAUGGAGGAGCUGACCGAGGUCAUUACUGCUGCAGAAUUCCACCCACUCAGCUGCAAUUGGUUCAUGUAUGCCAGCAGCAAGGGAACCAUCAAGUUGGCUGACAUGCGUGAGAGAGCUCUUUGCGACACACACGCCAAGCAAUUCGAGCAAGAAGAAGAUCCAUCGUCCAGGUCAUUCUUCUCAGAAAUCAUCUCAUCCAUCUCGGAUGUUCGCUUCUCACAUGACGGUCGUUACAUCUUGUCUCGCGACUACCUAACAGUCAAGAUUUGGGAUGUGAACAUGGAGAGACAACCAGUCAAGACAAUUCCUAUCCACGAACACCUCCGACCACGCCUUUGCGACACAUACGAGAACGACAGCAUCUUUGACAAGUUCGAAGUCGUCUUCUCGGGCGAUGCCAAGAAUGUCAUGACGGGAUCUUACAACAACAACUUCAUGAUCUAUCCAUCAGAAGCGGGCAAAGACACCGAAGUGGUACUGCAAGCCGAUAAGAGCGCGUUCAAGGCCAAGAAGGUUGGAAUCCCCACACCGAUGAAUGGAGCAAAGGACAAGAAGGGCAACAGCAGAGCCAACAGCCCGGCUGGCCAGGGAAGCAGAAUGCGCAAGGAGACGGACGCGGAUGCAAUUGAUUUCAACAAGAAGAUAUUGCACAUGAGCUGGCAUCCCUUUGAGGAUAGCAUUGCCAUUGCUGCGACUAACAAUCUCUUUGUCUUUUCGGCGCUCUAG